AUGGCUACCGCCACAGAAAAGACUGAGCGUGAAGGCAGCACAAUGCACGCUGAGGAAACAAAGACGCACGAGGUUUACGAUGAGGUCCUCAGCCCAGAAGAAGACAAGAGACUGCUUCGCAAAAUUGAUAUGUGCUUGUUACCAGUAAUGGGGUUAUCGUACAUGUUCCAGUUUCUAGACAAGACUGCGCUUAACAGCACAGCCAUUUUAGGCCUUCGGGAGGACCUACAUCUCACCGGCGAGGAAUACUCCUGGUCUAGCGGCAUAUACUACUUCGGAUAUCUUGCUGCCUCGUACCCGGCCGCCGUCUUAAUGGUGCGCUGGCAUGUGGGCAAACUUAUAUCUGCUUCAGUGCUAGUCUGGGGUAUAGUUCUAAUACUAACUGCAGUGUGUUUUAAUCCUGCAGGCCUGCUCGCAGAAAGAUUUUUUCUUGGCUUCACAGAAGCUGCUAUUGGCCCUGGCUUGACUGUCGUCGUAGCUAUGUGGUAUAAGCGGGCAGAACAGCCGCUACGCCAUGCAGCUUGGUAUCUCGGCAACACCUUCGCCGGAAUCUUUGGUGGCCUGCUAGCUAAUGCUAUAGGCCAUAUAGACAGUAUUGCCCCCUGGAAGGCCGUGUUCUUGAUAUUCGGUGGCCUUACUAUUGCCUGGUCUUUUGUUCUUUUGUUCACGCUUCCAGACACCCCCGGCAAGGCCUGGUUUCUAAACAGGAUUGAUCGCGAAAAAGCUCUUGUUCGAGUCAAGGAGAACAUGACUGGCAUUAAGAAUAACGAGUUCAAAUGGUCCCAGUGUCUCGAGGCGCUCUUAGAUAUUAAGAGCUGUAUCCCUAAUGGUGCUGUGACGACAUUUAGUGCUAUUAUUAUUAGGGCCUUCGGCUUUAGUACUAUGAACACACUGCUCCUUACAAGCAUUAAUUAUGUCCUUCAAUUAUUCCUCGUUUUAACUGCUACAAUUGGAUCUUCUUACUUUAAUAAUUCCCGAACGUACUGGAUGGCUGGUAACCUUGCUAUUGCUGUUACAGGCGCCAUUAUGGUGCGUCAACUUCCAGUGGACAUGAAAUGGGGUCGCCUUGCAGGAAUUUGCAUGGCGGGAGGCUAUGCCGCCAAUUUCCCAUUGAUCAUGUCUCUCAUGUCGGGAAACUUCGGCGGAUUUACAAAGAAGACGACUGUUAAUGCAAUGUAUAUUUGCAUUACACAACCAGCUCUUGAAUAG